AACUUUGUGGCAAUUUACUGCCCAACUUGGAUAAGAUUUUGCCGACAACAAUUACACUUUUUCAAAAGUGGAAAGAUUUUUUUUUUUUGGGGGGGGGAGGGGGCUGUCAUACAGCCACCCUUAACUUCUAGUUACGCAUCUUUUAGUUAAAAUAAUGAUAAUAAUUACAUUUAUAGGGCGCUUUAUACAGACGUUUCUUAUCGUGACAACAAACUUUGACAAAAUUACAACAGAAGUUAGAUUCUUUGUAAUUGCAUUAGGCUUCUUCGCGUUCACCUAAUCGACUGCUUCUAUCUGAAAUUGACUUUAACAAACACGCAAUAGCAUUCUUUAAAACUCUCUGUUUCCACAUUUGGUAGCUUUUCGUUCUUUAUAUAUUUUGUCGUGCUUAUAAUUAUCUUCUCUGUCUAGGUAGUGAUAUUUAUAUUGUAAAAUUUGUUAAAACAUUACACCAAAACAUGACAUAUAAUGGCCUAAUAACCUAUAAAUCGCAUUAUCUAUUAUUUUCAUACGUUUAGUACUGCUAUUCUGUUUCUGUGCUAUGUUCUUUUAACUUUGAGAUAAUUAUUUAAUUGCAACGCCUUUGUAAAUACUUUUGUAUAUAUAUGGUCUUUAUCUGCCAAAUAAAAUUAAUCCAAAUAUACUAAUCAUUGUUUCGGUUUCCUUAUUUUGUUCUUUCUUUCUUUCUGCGGAUCAUGUCUGUUGCCGAAGUAAUAUACACAUUAUUGACUGCUAGUGGUGUCGAAGAGGAGGGGCAGAAAGAGGGAACAGCCACCCACAAAUAAGGAAAGGGGAAGGAAGUAAAGAGAAAGUUGAAAGGAAAUGUAAAAGUGAGAAUAUAUGACCCCUUUUAGACCCUGCAUUCCUAACCCACAUGCCCAUGACACCAGUGCCCCCUUCGAUGGCUCGACCCACGCUACGCUAAUGUUAUUAAUGACAUGCAAAAUAAGAGAGUCGCUGCACAUCAUAAGCUGGCGUAUAUAUUGCGAUUUACACCUCCCCGAAGCCCCUUUGUAAGUCCAAUCGAUCGAGGCUUUUUGAAGAGGUGGUCGUGGAAGGCAUUUAGUUUUCAACCAAAAUGCAAAUAAACGGAAAGAAAAGAAUAUAAAAAUCAAUCGUUGAAAUUUGAAGACGUGUUUAGAGAGAAGGUCUUAUAAUAUUUUCACAUUCGUGCUUCUUCAAAAUGGCGACAACAACGAUAUGGUAUCUACUUGGAAUACUCUUCUUUGUUUUGUUCAAGAGAUCAUCUCAACAGUGCGUAGGACCUGAGGGUCUCCCAGGACCAGAGGGGGAUGAAGGCUCUCAGGGAUCGGGGACCGAUGGUACCUGGUAUGACGUCAUGAAUGCCAACAGGAACUGGAGACAGUGCACAUUCACCUCGGCCAGCGGAAGUGACAGUGGAACCAUCUAUACGUGUAGUUUCACCAAGAACUCAGCCACCUCUUCUCUGUAUGCUGCCUUCAGUGGUACGACACGACUUCAUAAUUGUCACGGUUGCUGUUGUAGAUGGUACUUGACGUUCAACGGCGCUGAAUGCAGUUCACCUCAAGUCAUUGACGGAACCGUCUACAUGGCGUAUUACAACGCUGCUGAUCUUCACCGACAUCGUACGAUAUCGGGAGUCUGUGACAACAUUGCAGCUGGUUCAGUGACGGUCGCCCUCAAUGUUGGCGCUUGCAGUGGGUAUGGAACCUACGACUGCUACACGGGAUGGAACGCUGUUUCGAGGAUUAUAGUGGAGGAACUACCAGCUUCACCAUAUUCCUAAAAAAAAAGCAAUCUGGACCAAAACGCUCAGAGCCUUACGCCAGUUGCACACGAUGCGUUCUUUACUGACGUAAAACUGCGUCAGAGACUGACGCGAUCUUUGACGCGCCUUGAAAGAAGGAUAUCAUACAAAGGGUGAAUGCAACAGUGCAUACCAUUUUUGGAAUUACUGGCGCAUAUACAUACUUUAAUUUGCAAAUUAUAAUAGCGCAGGAAAUAACUCAAUAAAAUUGAUGCGUCGUGUGUAAAGGGCAUUAGAAACUUAAGAUAUGUAUUUAAUACUUCGAC